GAAUUUAAAUCGAUCAUCGCUAUUGCACUGAUUUCAUAUCGCGACGGCAAUUUCAAGAAUCAAUGAAGUAUUUUACAGCAGCUACUCGUCUACUCAGACAUUCAUCCAAUCGUCGCUCCAACCUUCAGUUGCUCUCUUCCAUCCGCCCUUCGAGCUCAGGUCAUAGUUAUACAUCUCUCCGGAGUUAUGAGAAGUUCAUGCAAGAUGAUUGUUUUCACAGAAAAAUUAUGGUGAAAAAUAGCUUGAGAGGUUCUGGUGUUGGUAUCCUGAAUUGCUUAGCUAAAUUUGGGAGUGAUGGCAUCCGAACACAUCGUAGAAAUCUUGCUUCCACUACCUCAAUACCAGAGAGAAACAAGUCCUUUGCUACAAUAAAUUCUGAUGAUAUAAGCUAUUUCAAUAAAGUACUGGGUGGGAGAGGUGUGGUUCAGGAUGAGGAAAAGCUGGAUGAUGCAAACACGGAUUGGAUGCGGAAGUACAAAGGCUCAAGUAAGCUUAUGUUACAACCUCGGACAACCCAGGAGGUUUCUCAGAUUCUUGAUUACUGUAAUUCCAGAUGCUUAGCUGUUGUACCGCAAGGUGGAAAUACAAGUCUUGUGGGAGGAAGUAUUCCUGUGUAUGAUGAGGUGAUCAUCAACAUUGGCUCCAUGAAUAAUAUCCUUUCCUUUGACAAGGUUAGCGGUAUACUGGUAUGCGAGGCUGGAUGCAUUCUGGAGAACUUGAUGUCGUUUCUCGAUAAUGAAGGAUAUAUUAUGCCACUUGAUUUGGGUGCUAAAGGAAGCUGCCAAAUUGGGGGAAACAUCUCAACCAAUGCUGGGGGCUUGCGCCUUAUCCGAUAUGGUUCGCUUCAUGGAAGUGUUCUUGGUCUUGAAGUUGUUUUAGCUAAUGGUACUGUGCUUGAUAUGCUUGGUACUUUACGCAAAGACAACACAGGAUAUGACUUGAAGCAUUUGUUUAUAGGGAGUGAGGGAUCAUUAGGAAUUGUCACAAAGGUUUCGAUACUCACCCCUCCAAAGUUACCUUCAGUAAAUCUAGCUUUUCUUGCUUGUGAGGAUUAUCUAAGCUGUCAGAAAAUCUUGGUCGAAGCUAAGACGAAGCUUGGAGAAAUUCUUUCUGCAUUCGAGUUUUUGGAUAUCAAUGCUAUGGAUCUGGUUUUGACACAAUUAGAUGGUCUUCGUGAUCCUUUACCUUCCUCUAAGCACAACUUCUAUGUUCUGAUUGAGACUACUGGCAGCAUGGAAUCUCAUGACAAGGAGAAGCUUGAAGCCUUCCUUGCUCAGGCUAUAGAAAGUGGAUUGUUAACUGAUGGAGUUGUAGCGCAAGACAUAAAUCAAGCAUCAUCAUUUUGGCGCAUACGUGAGGGAGUACCUGAAGCUCUGCUGAAAGCAGGGGCUACUUACAAGUAUGACUUGUCUUUGCCCCCAGAAAAGAUGUACAAUCUUGUAGAGGAAAUGCGUCAACGUCUUGGCACUGCAGCAAAUGUCGUGGCAUAUGGUCACCUGGGAGAUGGAAAUCUACAUCUGAACAUUUCAACCAAACAAUAUGACGACAAUAUACUAGCUAAAAUUGAGCCUUUUGUAUACGAGUGGACAUCUAAGCAACGAGGAAGCAUCAGUGCUGAGCAUGGCAUUGGACUGAUGAAAGCAAAUAAACUUCAUUACAGCAAUUCAGCUGAAACUGUGCAAGUAAUGGCAGCCAUCAAGAAAGUUCUAGAUCCCAGUGGAAUACUCAACCCGUAUAAAGUUCUUCCAAAUUCCGUAUUAUCACAGAGUUGAUUCAAACAGAAAUCCAAAAAUGUGUAAUAGUUUUAUUAAAUAUCAUUGAAAUGCAAUCCGUUGUGACUGACACUAACAAUUGUUAUCUCAGUUAUAAAAAGAAUGAAUAAAUGAUGAAAUCAGAUAUCUUUCCUCCUA